AUGCCUGGUUUGUUAUCACAAAUUAUUUACCGUUCUCAUAUUCGAAAAAUACUAACUGUAAGAGUUCUCCGUUAUUUGUAUAAAACUACAGCACCACUUCAAUCUAAAACUGAAACUGCUAAAAAAGCUAGUUUGGUGGAAAAAACUACGAGAAAAUUAGAUCCAUUUGUUGCGGAGCAUAAUGAACCGUCUAUGAAAUAUAAGCAUCAUAUAAGUAUACAUGGAUUUGAAUUGUAUCCACUUCAAGGCCAAGUUAUUGCGUGGGCUAUUGCUCUUUCGCUUAUUGCGUAUUAUGCUAGCGCGAAAGUUGAGAUCGUAAUGGAUCGAAGCUAUGAUAACACUCCAUUUAUUUGGGCUGCUAUGAAAGAUCGUGAUCAUGAUUACGUCGCUUUCGGUUUUGAACCGCCAGCAGUACCACGUUUAGAUCUUAUGGAGACAUUACAAGAGGAAAUGAUCGAAGCUGCAAGAAGACGAGGGACUCGUAAAUAA